AUGAUUCAGCAGUAUCGAGGAUUAAUCCUCAUUUGGUUUAUGCCUAUGGAUGUCGGUGAGAUUCGCGACGAUGACCUCAAAGGAAUUUUUCGCGAGUUCGACUUGAACGGAGAUGGUUUCAUUCAGAGGGAUGAAUUACGGUCAGUCAUGCAAAAGAUGGGACAGUCGCCUACGGAAGAAGAACUUGAUGCGAUGUUCAACGCCGCUGACCAGGAUCACGACGGAAACAUUGAUUUUAACGGUACGGUUUCUAGAUAG